AUGGCUUCGUCUCUGGUAUCUCGUUCUCUCCGACCCUCGUUGCUGCGUGCUGCAAGAAAGACUACUACGCUUCCUAGUGCUACCACACCCUCCAGUUUCUUUUCCACAGACUCCAAUGACAACAACAAUAAUAAUAAUAAGAGAAUUGCCCUCGUGAUUGGAUCUUCCGGUGCCUUGGGAUCCGCGGUUUCGCACUACCUCUCGCAACAAGUUGGAAUGCACGUCCUGGGAGCAGAUGUGAUCGAGACUCCCGAAAUGCCCUUGGAUGGAUUCAUCUCCUUGGCCACCCAAAGCCCCUCGGCCGCCAGUGUCACCAUGGAAUUGGCGUCGGGAAUACAUGACAUGCUGGAGGAGACCGAGGAACUUGAUACCAUUGUAGUAGCUGCCGGAGGUUGGGCCGGAGAUACCAGACCCAUGACGGGCCAGCAAUCUCUCGCCGAGGAAAUACAAAUGGAUGCGACACUCUACGGGAGCAAUAUUGAUACCAUGAUACAAAUGAACUUGAUACCCGUCAUUGCGGCAGGAUAUGCCGCCCAAAGAUUCAUGGGGCCAAAUGGCUUGUUUGUCACCAUUGGAGCGACGGCAGCACUUUCCUCCACUCCAGGAAUGAUGGGAUACGGGCUCACCAAAGCGGCGGCACAUCAUAUCGUCCAAACCGUGGGAGCCACCACGGGCAAAUCAUCCCUCGAAACCAAAACCAAACAAAAGGCGGGACGACACUAUCGACAAUACGCCGCCAACUUGGAUACCCUUUCAGCCGUGGCCAUUUUACCCACGACCAUCGACACGCCCUCGAAUCGACAUGGCAUGCCCCAAGCCGAUUUUGACAGUUGGACCAAACCCGUGGAUAUUGCCGAACAAAUUGGAACAUGGGUGACCACGCCACAACUCCGUCCCCAUUCGGGGGCAUUGGUCAAAGUCACUACCAUGGCGGGGAACUCAGUAUUUGAUCUGCCAUCCUAUCAGUAUCUAACAAUCAUGUCCUCCUCUGAUGACGACGAUGGCUCUCGACGAGCAGAAGACGAAGACGAAUCUCCCACCAAAUCAGUCUCGCAAGCAUCGCUGCCCGCCGUCGAGAUUGACGAACCCGACGAUGACACUCUGCGUGUCUUGAUUAGCACUGACAAUCAUCUCGGAUAUCUGGAAUCGGAUCCGGUCCGUGGCCAAGAUUCCUUUGCCGCCUUUGAGGAAGUCUUGUAUUUGGCCAAACUCCACAAGGCCGACAUGGUGCUGCUGGGUGGAGAUUUGUUUCAUCACAACAAACCGUCGCGACGCACUCUCUACAAGACCAUGGAUAUUCUGCGACGCUAUACCAUGGGACCCGAUCCCGUCAAAAUUCAAAUUCUAUCCGAUCAAGCCAAAGAUUUUCGAAACAUCCACGGAGGCGUCAAUUACGAAGACGAAAACUACUCGGUCGAUUUGCCCAUUUUUAGUAUUCAUGGGAAUCACGAUGAUCCAUCACGAGAUCCUGGCAGCAACACCAUGUUGGCCGCUCUGGAUUUACUGUCGGUUUCCAACUUUGUCAACUAUUUUGGACGACAAGAAGAAGUCAACAAAGUCGAAGUAUCGCCCGUACUCGUUCAAAAGGGAACCACCAAAGUGGCCCUCUAUGGACUCGGUAAUAUGCGCGAUGAACGACUCUCCCGCAUGUGGCAACAGAAAAAGGUCAAGUUUCUACGACCCGACAAUAAUCAAAAUAAUAAUGAUGACGAUGAUGACGAUGACGAUGACGACCAAGAAGAGCAAGACUUUUUCAAUAUUUUCAUUCUUCAUCAAAACCGAGACAAUAUGGGACGCGGCGCUAAAAACUGCGUCCAUGAAUCCAUGAUUCCCAGUUGGAUGGAUUUGGCCAUUUUUGGACACGAACAUGCCAGUGAACCCGGCCCCUCGGAAAGUCUCGUUGGGACCUUUCGCAUUACACAGCCGGGAUCCACUGUUGCUACCAGUUUGACUACCGGAGAAGCCGAACGCAAACAUGCCAUUAUACUCAAUGUCCGCGGCCCACAGUUCAGAAUGGAGGAGAUCCCCCUCACCAUGGUACGGAGUUUUGUCAUGAAGGAUGUCUCGCUGCAAGAACACGAUAACUUGGAUCCAGAAGAUCCCAAAGUCGAUAGCAAAAUCACCAAAAUAUUGGAAGAAGAAUUGAGAAUGUGGAUCUUUAAUGCACAAAACAAACAAACGCAACUCUUGCAAGACGCCGAAAAGGCAGGCAACUUUGCCGCAUCGGAUCCGUCGCCGCUUCAGUACCAUUUGGAGAAGCGAGAUCAAGUCUUGGUGCGACUGCGGGUGGAACACACUGGCUUUACCACGCUGAACAAUCAACGAUUUGGUGCACGGUUUGUGGGAGAUGUGGCCAAUCCAACCGACAUUUUGCUCUUUCAACGCGCCAAGAAACAACGAGCGACCAGUAAGGGCGGCGGCAAGAAACGGUCCACAGCGGAUGCACUCGAGGAACCCAUGGAACCAAUCGAAUUGCAAACGACCAGCGUAGAGACACUUGUGGCGGACAAUUUGAUGGAGUCACAAGCGAAACUGAAUAUCCUCCCUGAGAAGGCAUUGGCUGCUGCACUCGAGGAGUUUGUCGACAAGCUCGAAAACGGCGCCAUCAAUGAAAUGGCAGAGAAAGGCCUCAAGAAAAAGCAAAGAUACCUCAUUAACAGCGCCAAUAAUGGAGGGGACGAGGAGGCUGGAGAGGCAGUCAACUCGGCUCAGGAUGUGAAGAAACUAUUGGAGAAAUACACGCAACAAGAGGAGGAACGCACCCAGAGCAAGCGAAAGCGGGCUGGUGGCAGCGACGAUGAUGAAUCCGCCAGCGAAGAGGACCUGCUGGACAAGGAAAACAAAGCCAAUGGCAAGAAGGGCCGUGCCAGUCCGAAGAAAUCAUCCUCCAAGUCAAAGUCCAAAGCUUCCACAUCCAUUGACAUUGAUUCCUCUGACGAGGACAUGGUAGCGGCCACGCAAAGCAGCGCCAAAUCGUCCAAGUCUCGUAGCCGAGCAAGUACAACUUCCAGCAAGUCCGGAGGUCGCAAGAGUGGGGAUAUCCGAGACUUUGCUACCAAACGAAGUUCUCAGCCGUCCGCGUCUCAAAAAACCUCGUCCAAACGCAAGAAGAAGGAGGUUGUGGAGCUCUCGGACGAAGACGAGGAUGAUUCGGAGGUUGAAAUCGUUCAGAGUAAGAAGCGCGUCCCUGCACAGCGUCGUCGAACAGCUCGGGCCAAGGUCAACUACUCCUACGACAACUCGUCCGACGAGCAAAACUCGGAUGACGACUUUGAUGCUCCUCCUCCGAAAAAGAAGUCUCAGACGUCUCGGGGAGGAGGAGGCCGCAGCCAGGGUCGGCGAGGAAAGAGUCAAGACAGUUCCGUUGUCGACUUGGAUGACAACUGGGGCAGCGCCUCUACGCGACGCUAA